UUGUGAUGAGUGUGAAUGGUUAAUAAGUAUUUUUGUGCCUGUGAUGAAACAUAAAGAGAAGUAGAAUUUGAAGAUUAUCGAAGAUUGAUAGUGAUUUGUGAUCCGAACGGAACGUUGGAGAGAUGGCAUCCUUCGACUCUUUUGAAGAUCAAUCACCAACAAGGGAACGCUACGAAGAUGACAACAAUUACUCAGGCAUGGCCAUGGAAUACGAGUCUCAGCAUUACGAUUACGAUGAUCAACAACCUCAACCCAAUGCAGAUCCAAAUAAUACCACUGAUUUCAACAAUAACCCACAAUCUCCUCCUGUUUAUGGCUUUGGAGUUUCCACCCCCAAUCCCGACUUUGUUUCCCCCUUCGAAUCCGCUCCCGCCGAUGACACCACCUUCACCUCCGACGGACCAAUCCUCCCCGACCCAUCUCAAAUGCAAGAGGAAGGACAUGCCAGACGUGAAUGGCGACGUUUGAAUGCCAUUCAUCUGGAGGAAAAAGAGACACAAGAGAAGGAGAUGCGAAAUCAGAUUAUAAAGGAAGCUGAAGAGUAUAAAGAAGCCUUUUACGCGAAAAGAAAACUCAACUGUGAGUCGAACAAAAAAAACAACAGGGAAAGAGAAAAGAUAUACUUGUCCAAUCAAGAAAAGUUUCAUAAAGAAGCUCACCUACAUUACUGGAAAGCAAUAGCUGAGAUCAUUCCUCGAGAGGUUCCUAAUAUUGAGAAGAGAAGAGGAAAGAAAGAAGCUGAGAAUAAUAAGCCUUCAGUUCAUGUUAUUCAGGGUCCAAAGCCAGGGAAACCUACUGAUCUAGCAAGAAUGCGUCAAAUGAUUUUGAAGCUUAAACAAAAUCCUCCUUCUCAUAUGAUGCCUCCUCCACCCAAAGAAGAAAAGGAUGACAAAGAUAAGAAAGAUGCAAAAGAUGACAAAGAUAAGAAAGAUGCAAAGGAGGGGAAGGAAAAUAAAGGUGGGUCAAACUCAACUACAAGUGUUACAGGAAAUAAACCUACUUCUCCUGCAAAAGGUGUUGCUGCUAAUGGUGAACCAAAAGAUUCUGGUAUAGUUGAAGGUGAGCAAGUAGCUAGAUCUGAAUCAAAGACUGCUUAAUGACGAAGACAAUUUUUCUUAUAGCAAUUCUUUUUUAAUAUACUCUGCAUUUUUCCUAUCUUGCUAAAUUUUGUUGCUAUAUUAAUGGAGAAUAAAGGUUGGCCAGUUGAAGAUACAUUAGGCUUUGCAAGAAGCCAACAGAGAGCAUUGAUCUAAAUUAUUACCCUACUUUUAUAGGUUUUCAAAAGGAAAUCUUUUGGUGCCAUCUUACUUUGGAACUUCUUAU